AUGUGUAAUGUUAAUGAUCCUCGAAUAAGUCAUGCUUACAUUGCAAUGACUGAAGAUGAGCCUAUAAACUGGUUAAUAUUAGGUUAUAAAGAUACUAGAGAUAUAAUCUCUUUAUAUGCUACUGGUAUAAAUGGAUUAAGCGAGUUUCGAAAUAAUUUAACAAAUGAAAUCUUAUUUGGUUAUGUCAGGAUUGAAGAUAAAUUUAUUUCAAUAACUUAUAUACCAGACAGUAUAAGUGGCGUCCGAAGAGCUAGAGCGCUUGUACAUAGUCGAACCAUUGCUAAUAUUUUGAAAAUCUCUCAUGCACAGAUUACUGCUUCUAAUUUAUCUGAUUUAAGUGACACAAACAUACACACACGAUUAAAGUUAGGAGGUCAUCAAGCGAAAAAGGUUCGUCCUAGAUCAACACUUCCAUCAUCAUUUUAUGAAGACGCUAUGUCCGAUCGAAUGUCAUCUACACCUACACCUACACCUUCUACACCUACCUCUGUUGCUUCAUCUUCUUUUACGAAUGAUUAUUCCCUUCUUAAUCAUCAUCAUCAUCAUUUUACUACAGAUGAUCAUACAUUCAUAAACUCUCCUUCUGUUACAGAUAAAGAUCCUGAUACACGUCUUCAAGAACAAACAGAGUUAAUGUUACAAUACCAACUAUCAAAGAAAAAGGAAUUAGAAGAAGCAAGAUUUAGACAAUCCCAAUAUGAACAACGAGAGGAAAAAUUUAUCAAUAAAUCAUUCAAUGAGAAUGAAUUAUUAAAAAGAAAGGAAAUACCAAAGUGGCAGCAAGAAUUACAGCAACGCAAAUUAAAAAAACAGCAACAGCAACAGCAGCCACCUUCUAUCAAACCUAUUCUCAUUUCUAAUGAAGAAAAGAGUUUUCAUAAAGAAGAAAAAAAGACUUUAAAAGAUUCUAGUAGUACUUUAAUAGAAAGUCAAACUGAUAAAAAAACUUGUCGAACUAUAGUUAUGACAGGCUUUAUGUCUGUACAAACGAAUACUUGUCAGUUUUGGAAACGUCGAUAUUUUAUUAUAGAUACACAUGGCUUAGUAUUCUUUAAAGAUGAAAUGCAAAAGGAAGCCAUGACUAUUAUUCCUUAUUCAAAUAUCAAAAGAGUUGGAAGAAUAGAUGAAGACGAAGAAACAUAUGUACCCAAUGCCUAUGUGAUUCACAAUAAACAAGGCGAUUCAUAUCAGAUAUUAGCUGAUGAUAAGAAAACAGGAAAACAAAUCUAUACCACUUUAAAUCAGGGACUUAUAUCCUAUUCUUCUAUAGAAUAA